UGUCAGCGCGGUUAUAAGGGAGGGAAAAGUUCCCUGCGCGGAGAGCCGGGCAGGCGCACGCUCGUACGGCGGCCGCAGCGGCAGGGCGGGGCCGGCAGGGCGGGCGGCGGCGGAGGAAGACCCCCGAUCGCGACCUCGCCUUCCACGGUGUCUCUCUCAGACCUCGGUCACGUUCCGGGGUCCGGAGGACUUGUGCACAGCGGCCAUGGGUGGCGUCGGGGAGCCCGGCGGGGGACCAGGGCCGCGGGAGGGGCCCGCACCGCUGGGGGCGCCCCUGCCCAUCUUCCGCUGGGAGCAGAUCCGCCAGCACGACCUACCAGGCGACAAGUGGCUGGUCAUCGAGCGCCGUGUCUACGACAUCAGCCGCUGGGCACAGCGGCACCCAGGGGGCAGCCGCCUCAUCGGCCACCACGGCGCCGAGGACGCCACGGAUGCCUUCCAUGCCUUCCACCAGGAUCUCCGUUAUGUGCGCAAGUUCCUGAAGCCCCUGCUGAUUGGAGAGCUAGCCCCAGAGGAGCCCAGCCAGGAUGGCGCUCAGAAUGUGAGGGCCCAGCUGAUCGAGGACUUCCGAGCCUUGCGUCAGGCAGCCGAGGACAUGAAGCUGUUCGAAGCCGACCGCACAUUUUUUGCACUCCUGCUGGGCCACAUCCUGGCUAUGGAGUUGCUGGCCUGGCUUAUCAUCUACCUCCUGGGCCCUGGCUGGGUGCCCAGCAUCCUUGCUGCCCUAAUCCUGGCCAUCUCUCAGGCCCAGUGCUGGUGUCUGCAACAUGAUCUAGGCCAUGCCUCCAUCUUCGCUAAGUCCAGGUGGAACCAUGUGGCCCAGCAGUUCGUGAUGGGGCAGUUGAAAGGCUUCUCUGCCCAUUGGUGGAAUUUCCGCCACUUCCAGCACCAUGCCAAGCCCAACAUCUUCCACAAGGACCCAGAUGUGACUGUGGCACCCGUCUUCCUCCUCGGGGAGUCAUCUGUGGAGUAUGGCAAGAAGAAACGGAGAUACCUGCCUUACAACCACCAGCAUCUGUACUUCUUCCUGAUUGGCCCACCGCUGCUCACCUUGGUGAACUUUGAAGUUGAAAAUCUGGCCUACAUGCUGGUGUGCAUGCAGUGGACGGACUUGCUGUGGGCGGCCAGUUUCUAUUCCCGCUUCUUCUUGUCCUAUGCUCCGUUCUAUGGCGCAACCGGGACACUGCUGCUCUUCGUUGCUGUCAGGGUCCUGGAGAGCCACUGGUUUGUGUGGAUCACACAGAUGAACCACAUCCCCAAGGAGAUUGGCCAUGAGAAGCACCGGGACUGGGCCAGCUCUCAGCUGGCAGCCACCUGCAAUGUGGAACCUUCUCUCUUCAUUGACUGGUUCAGUGGGCACCUCAAUUUCCAGAUUGAGCACCACCUCUUUCCCACGAUGCCAAGGCACAACUACCGCAGGGUGGCCCCCCUGGUCAAGGCGUUCUGCACCAAGCACGGCCUACACUACGAGGUGAAACCCUUCCUCACCGCCCUGGUGGAUAUCAUCGGGUCCCUGAAGAAGUCUGGUGACAUCUGGCUGGAUGCAUACCUCCAUCAAUGAAGACAGCACCCUCAUGGGUGGCGAAGGGGGUAAGGGUACAGACUCCAGCAGUCACCAAGCUACUGGGCAAGAUCGACAGCCCUCCUCACCCCCUGCUGGGGCAGCCUGUCUGCCUGCCUGGUCCUGCUGGCUUUCCUCAGUCCUCAGCAUUUUCUGUUCAAGAGCCUUAUGGCCGUGGCACAUGUCCAACAGGACCGGGGUGGAGGGACACACUUAAAGCUACAUGGUGAACAUAGCAUGUUUUCCUAGAGCAAGAACUGAAGGAAAGCUUGUUAUUUUUAUAUAAAAAGCAACCCAGACACAUGGA